AUGGCUCAUUUCAUGUUCGAGGCGGACCUGUACGGGCUGCUAAAGCUGGACACGCCGAUCCCGAACGCGUCCCCGGCGCGGUGGCAGCGCAAGGCCAAAGAGAGCGGCGUCCCCGGGCCCAGCCCCUCUACCCUCUUGUCGCCCAUGAAACCGGCCAAUCGCUCCCACAGCUCCAGCAGGACGCCAUCCAAGACACCCGGUAAAUCUGGAUCUAAAAUCCAGAGCACCCCAACAAAGGCUGGGGAAGAUCGAUACAUUCCCAACCGCAGCACUAUGAAGAUGGAAAUGGCCAAUUUCCUCCUAACAAAAGAGAAUGACCCUGCUGAGGAAUCACCCACCAAAAAGGAGCAACAGAAAGCCUGGGCAGUGAAUCUGAAUGGCUUUGAUAUAGAAGAGGCAAAGAUCCUUCGGCUCAGUGGAAAGCCAAAGAAUGCUCCAGAAGGCUAUCAGAAUAAACUGAAAGUGCUCUACAGUCAGAAAACAACACCUGGAUCCAGCAGGAAGCAUGGCAGAUACAUUUCUUCAAUGCCAGACCGGAUCCUGGAUGCACCAGAUAUCCGCAACGACUAUUAUCUGAAUCUCACUGACUGGAGCUCUCGGGACUUCCUGGCAGUGGCUCUGGACAGUUCUGUCUAUCUGUGGAAUCACGCUUCUGGGGAGAUCAUCCAGCUGCUGCAGAUGGAGCAUCCAGAUGAUUACAUUUCCUGUGUGUCAUGGAUUAAAGAAGGAAACUACCUUGCUGUUGGCACAAGUAAUGCUGAAGUCCAGGUAUGGGACGUACAGCAGCAGAAGCGCCUCAGAAAUAUGACCAGCCAUUCCUCCCGUGUGGGGUCCCUCAGCUGGAACAGCUACAUCCUCUCCAGCGGGGCACGGACUGGCCACAUCCACCACCAUGAUGUCAGAGUGGCUGAGCAUCAUGUGGCCACACUUGCUGGCCACACACAGGAGGUGUGUGGACUCAAGUGGUCUCUAGAUGGCCGUUACCUGGCCAGUGGUGGCAAUGACAACCUGGUGAACAUCUGGCCGCAUGUCCAGGGGGACAGUAGAGACUUCGCUCCUGUACAUACCUUCACUCAGCAUCAGGGUGCCGUCAAGGCUGUGGCAUGGUGUCCCUGGCAGUUGAAUGUUCUAGCCACCGGAGGUGGAACUAGUGACAGACAUAUCCGCAUCUGGAAUGUGUGCUCUGGCACCUGUCUCAGUGCUGUUGAUACCCAUUCCCAGGUCUGUUCUAUCCUGUGGUCAACAAACUACAAGGAAUUAAUUUCAGGCCAUGGCUUUGCACAGAAUCAGCUAGUUUUAUGGAAGUAUCCAACAAUGGCCAAGGUCACAGAGUUGCGAGGUCACACGGACAGAGUCUUGAACAUGACUAUGAGCCCCGAUGGUACAACGGUGGCCUCGGCAGCUGCUGAUGAAACAGUGCGCCUCUGGCGCUGUUUUGAGAUGGACCCCAUAAAGAAGAAGGAGAAAGAGAAGGCAAAUAGUGCCAAGAGCAGCAUCAUUCACCAGGGCAUCCGCUGAGUGCACAGGGGUAUUGUGGGGUGGUGGGG